AGAGCCAUCGUGGAGCGGCUGCUUGCCCGCCACAGACCCCGCUGACAUGGGCACCGUCAGAGCCACGCAGCUGUGCUGGGCCAUCCUUGGCGUCCUCCUAAUCCAAGGAAAUUUUAGCAGCCCAAGUCGGACCACAGAGCCACUUUUUUCCACCAUAGGAAUGAGCCUUUCCUCAGAUCCCAGCAGCCCAAGCUCUCUGGCCAGCACUAGGACCCAAGCAGCUCAGGACAAGACCUCACAGGUCCUCAUGGUGACCAGUAAACCUGUGACACCAAGCACCAGCACCAUGGACAGUCAGUCCCAGGCACAGACGUCCACAGCAGGACUUGACACUUCUCAAAAUACUACUCCCAUAUCAACCACCAUGAGCCUGAGGACCAAAGAAGACUUGUCUGUCCUGCCCAGUCCCACAUCAGAGACGGUGCUCACUGUGGCUGCAUUUGGUGUUAUCAGCUUCAUUGUCAUCCUGGUGGUUGUGGUGAUCGUCUUAGUCAGUGUGGUCAGUCUAAGGUUUAAGUGUCGGAAGAACAAAGAGUCUGAAGAUCCCCAGAAGCCUGGGAGUUCGGGGCUAUCUGAAAGCUGCUCCACAGCCAAUGGAGAGAAAGACAGCAUCACCCUGAUCUCCAUGAAGAAUAUCAACAUGAAUAACAGCAAAGGAUACCCCACAGCAGAGAAGGUUCUUUAGAAGCAAUGUCGGGUCCCCAUGGGUCCAAGGACGAUGAAGCUGCCCCAUGACUAUAAAGAGGAAGGCGAUGGGAGUGCUAGAGGCAUGAAUCACAUAUAAAUUAUUUUAUUAUUUCACACUUACUCCAAGAUCUAAAGGACACCAGCACUCCUCCAGAUCUAGGAGUAAGCUGCCAGGAUGAGAGACUCUUUCCCAUAUGGGCAGCCACUCUGGAAAUACAGCCUGCUCCUCCCACCCACUCACCGUCAAAGGAAGGGGGAGUCUGGAGGGCAAGGGCAAGGAAAAUGACAAAGUGGAGUGGCCCUUGCUACUUUGCAUUAAAAUUAUUUUCUGGCCAA